GGAGGGUAUCUGAGCCCCAGAGAAGGCCCGCCUCCCUGCUCGCAGCCUGUGGGCGCCGGUGAUGGCGCCGCUCCCUAAGCUCGCUGUCUUCGACCUGGAUUACACGCUCUGGCCAUUCUGGGUGGACACGCACGUGGACCCCCCAUUCCACAAGAGCAGUGAUGGAACUGUACGAGACAGGCAGGGCAGGACCAUCCGACUGUACCCAGAGGUGCCCGAGGUCCUGGACCGAUUUCGAGGCCUUGGGGUACCCAUGGCAGCCGCUUCACGGACGGGUGAAAUUGAAGGGGCCAACCAGCUACUGGAGCUCUUAGGCCUUGUCAGAUACUUUGUUCAAAGGGAAAUCUAUCCAGGCAGCAAGGUCACACACUUUGAGAGGCUGCAGCAGAAGACUGGAGUUCCUUUCUCCCAGAUGAUCUUCUUCGAUGAUGAGAAGCGGAAUAUUGUAGAUGUCAGCAAACUGGGUGUUACCUGCAUUCAUGUUCAGAAUGGAAUGAGUCUUCAAAUCCUAACUCAAGGAUUAGAGACAUUUGCAAAGGCCCACGCCGGACCCUGAGGUCCAGUCCUGUGGAUGAGCCUCAUUUGAGGCAUAAAACUCAAGAAAACUAGGAAGGCGUUUUCAGGUGCAUGUGUAAAUUAUAAAGUGUAUUUGUGUGACAGAAGAAAUCUUA